UGUUAAUAUAGGAUCAGCUUUCCAGUGCUGGAGAGAACUGAAGAAGCAGGAAGGCCUGCCAUGGGACGCCGAGGCGCUUUUUUCCUUCUCGAUAGAUAAAAGCAGGCUGCAGAGCCACACAGCAGGAAUCUCUGAUGAACACGUCUCUUCUCAGGAUGAUGAAGCUCCUGUGUGGUGGUACUCUGAUUUUCACCCUCGCUGUGUCUUACUACAUCUACAUGCCGUUACCUGCCACUGUCUCAGAGCCGUGGAAACUCAUGCUGGUUGGGGCGACGUUCCGCACUGCCACUCACCUGGCUGAUUUAUCACACUCUCUUGGUCUCACUCAUCAUGUCCGUGUCCUCAGUCUGGCCAUUAAGGGUUUCGAGAGUUUGGUGCCAGUGGAGUUUGAAGAACUUCAGAUGGAGGACACACAGUUUAGAGGUGUUCAGGUUCGAGUGUACAUGCCUCAACACCGAGACAGCACACUGAGACGCGCUGUAGUGUUCAUACACGGAGGAGGGUGGGCUCUCGGAGUGCCCAAAGUCGGAUCCUAUGACAUCUUGUGCAGGAUGAUGGCGGCCAAGCUGAAUGCUGUGGUUGUGACAGUGGAUUACCGUAUGGUCCCAGAUGUUCGCUUUCCUGUCCAGUACGAGGACUGUUUGGAGGCGGCACGUCACUUCCUGCAGCGUGACGUGUUGGCACAUUACUCUGUGGACCCUGAGCGAGUCGCUGUGUGUGGUGACAGCGCAGGAGGAAACCUUGCUGCUGCAGUCGCACAACAAAUUAGCUAUGACGACAGAGGUGAGGAUGAUGAUGACACAAGGAACAGCAGUGGAGGUGGAGGGGCAAAGUUUAAGCUACAGGUGUUGAUCUAUCCUGUUCUUCAGCCUCUGGAUUUCAAUACGGCAUCCUACCAGCAGAACUGGGGAGUCCCCAUACUGUACCGUGAUCUGAUGGCACGGUACUGGUUGGAGUAUCUGGGUGCAGAUGCAUCCCUGCUCCACACCAUUCUCCUGAACAACCACACAGCACUGGAUGAGUCUCAAUUCAGUCCUCACCGAUCUAAAAUCGACUGGACCUCAAUGAUCCCUGAGCACAUGCGCAAACAGUAUAGAGCCAUCUUCCCUUGGACCGGGUCACCCUCCAUCCUGCAGGACAUCCCUGCGAUGCUGGACCCGCGAGCUGCUCCCCUGAUAGCUGAACAGGACAUAUUAAAGACGGUGCCAUGCACUUACAUCAUGACGUGUGAGCAUGACGUGCUAAGGGAUGAUGGUAUGAUGUAUGUCCGGCGCUUAGAGCUCGCCGGUGUCUCUGUCACGCAUCGUCACUAUGAUGACUGCUUUCAUGGCUGCGUAAGCUUUGCCUUCUGGCCAUCAUACUUCUCUGUGGGGAUACGAGCCAUAGAUGAUUACAUUGCCUGGCUUCACACACAUCUGUAGAACUUCCAGUGUUUAACUGUACAGGCACUUUCACACUCAGACUAUAUGUCUGAACAUUUUGUCCAUCUUACUGUCGUUUGCAGAAUAAACUGUGGUCGUGGUUCAAGUGACAAAAUGAAAUCAACUUCUAUCAACUUCUAUCAACUGCUAUCAGCCCCACCUUAGCCCCACCCACUUAUCUCUCUAUCUCUCUGAGGAUAUUGGCUUAGCCACACCAACUUAGCGCUCUCUCUCUCUCUCUCUCUCUCUCUCUCUCUCUUUC